AUGCCUAUGACGCGUACUAGUCUCCGCACUCGAGGCACGAUGAACGAGAACGAUGAGAACGGCCCCGCGGCGCGUGUUACACGGGCCAAGGUCGCCGCUCUUAACACAGAUAGUGGUGUUGAUGCAUUGAAGAAGCCGGUGCAGACCAAGCGGGCUACCGGGGCCACCACUCGAAAGCGCCCUGCACUUGGUGAUGUCAGCAACUUCAAGAACGAGGGUGAUGUCAAGGGCGGAAAUAAGGCCAGCACAGCAAAGGGUCAAGUUGCCACAAAGCCACAGGGUGGUGUACAAAAGCCAACAGGAAACAAGGAUAUCCGAGCACCCAAUUCCGGACCUCGUCUCGCUAGAAAGAAGCCCGAGACCAAGCAGAAGCCACUGAGUGGCCCCGGAGCUAUCAACAGCCAUAAACGCCCAUCAACAGAGAAGAAGGCGGAUCCUCAAGAAGAGCCUCCUCUCAAGAAACAGAACUCUCGAGCGAAAAUGGAUGUGAAGGACACUUGGGGGGGCGAGAAGCCCCUCGACUUGGACACUGAGGACUUGGAUGACCCAUUGAUGGCCGCGGAAUACGUCGUAGAGAUUUUCGACUAUCUCAAAGACCUCGAACUCGUGACUCUGCCGAACCCUGAGUACAUUGACCACCAGCCAGAUUUGGAGUGGAAGAUGCGUGGUAUUCUGGUCGAUUGGUUGAUUGAGGUCCACACGCGCUUCCGUCUUCUUCCCGAGACCCUGUUCUUGGCUGUCAACAUCAUUGACCGCUUCCUGUCCGCCGAGGUUGUUGCUCUUGAUCGUCUCCAGCUUGUUGGUGUCACCGCCAUGUUCAUCGCCUCCAAGUAUGAGGAGGUCCUUUCUCCCCACGUUGCCAACUUCAGCCACGUCGCCGAUGAGACUUUCUCCGACAAGGAAAUCCUCGAUGCUGAACGCCACGUUCUCGCUACCCUGGAGUACAACAUGAGCUUCCCUAACCCCAUGAACUUCCUGCGUCGCAUCUCCAAGGCCGACAAUUACGACAUCCAAACCCGAACUCUCGGAAAGUAUCUGAUGGAAAUCAGCCUCCUUGACCACCGAUUCAUGGGCUUCCCCCAGAGUCAGAUCGCUGCCGCCUCCAUGUACUUGGCUCGUUUAAUUCUUGAGCGUGGUCCUUGGGAUGCCACCCUCUCUCACUACGCCGGAUACACCGAGGAGGAGAUUGAUCCGGUCUUCCGCCUCAUGAUUGACUACCUCCACCGCCCUGUCUCCCACGAGGCCUUCUUCAAGAAGUAUGCCAGCAAGAAAUUCUUGAAGGCCUCUAUCUUGACACGCCAGUGGGCCAAGAAGUAUCACGGCAUGUACAUUGACAGCUCGCUCUCGGAGCCGUACACUUAUAUCAAGGACAGCGAACAGUAA